UUGAUCUAUCAGUUUAAACGACAAGAUGCUCUGACAUAAUAAUGCAGCGUGUGUCUGUUACAUCCAUCUGGUCAAUGAUGCUCUAUAAGUCACAUGAUGUAUCCAGAAAGGGGGACAGACCACGUGGGGCCAGCCUGACCAACCAGAGAUUAACACUGAUAAGCCCGAUCUGGUUAGACGGUCACGUGGUCACGAUAAAUAUGUACAAUCUGCUUAUGGUGGUGUAAUCUGACAACAACAACCUCACGUCCAAAAAUGCAUCAAUACCAGCCCAUCGGCUACCGAUGGCGAUCGUCCCAAAUAUUUCUCCUGGGAACUGUCACCAUCGCCCUCUUUGGAGAAGCUUUUCUUUAUGGAUUCCCCGUCCCGAUUCUGAGUCACAUGCUCGAGGUGCGGCUGGGCUUUGACCCGUCGCAAACUCAGACUCUCACGACGGCGAUUCUUUCCAUCCAUGGGUUUUUGGGUAUUGUUUCGGCUCCUGUAAUUGCCCAUUUUGCAGAUAAGACUCCCAAUCGCAAGGUUCCGUUGUUGAUUGCGUUGGCGGGAUGUCUUGUUGGAACGGUUCUCGUAGCGAGUACUCUGAAUCUCGCGAUGCUCUUUGUCGGGCGGGUUUUUCAGUCUAUUGCUGGGUCUGCGGCUUGGAUUGUUGGGUUCGCCAUGAUGGCUGACGCCGUUCCGACUGAGCACAUGGGCAAAAUGAUGGGCGUGGCGUUGAGUUUUGUCACGGCGGGAAUUAUCAGUGGUCCUAUGGUUGCUGGUGCCAUGCUAGAGCUGCUUGGAUAUUGGCCAGCCUGGACGGUUCCAUUGGUGGUGCUUGCGAUGGACUUUUUGGCUCGUGUGGUCAUGAUUGAAACGCCGAAAGAGGCCGAGGCAUCUGAUGUGCCUGGUCCUGCAGACGAGGAAACUUCACUUUUGCACAGUCAAGAUGGCAACAGUACGCCUGAGAUUGGUAAAACCGGGUUCUAUCGCCUCAUGCUCAGCAAACCUCGCGUCCUGAUCGGACUGUUAAACGUUUUUCUGUACUCGUCUAUCAUGGCUGGCUUCAACGCUACCAUCCCUCUUCAUGUUCGGUACGCUUUCAAUUGGGGCAGUUUACCCGCUGGUAUGAUGUUUCUCUGUCUCCAGCUGCCGUGCUUUGUCCUCUCUGUCCCUGCUGGGUGGAUGCGCGAUAAAUAUGGCCAGCGUUAUCCCAUCACCCUUGGCUGGUGUAUUCUUACACCCAUCCUGUGGCUUUUGGGUGUACCUGGCGAUGAGAAAUUUCCCUGGGCAAGCGCAGAAACAAAUGGGAAAACGAUAUUCGUGUGUGCCUUGGUCGCAUACGGUACAUUCGGAAUGCUGGUCCGUAGCGGAGGUGGCUUACAAGUAACUCGUGUUGGCAAAGAAAUGCAGACGAAGAAUCCCCAGAUAUUCGGACCGCACGGAGGCCACUCAAGGGUAUUUUCUAUGGUGGAAGUCGCAUUCAGCACGGGCACGAUGGCCGGACCUCUCAUUGCUGGUCCUUUAUCAGAGAACGUUGGAUUUUACUAUAUGACAAUAACCUUUGCGUGUCUUGCAGCGGUACUAGCUGUGCUGUCCUUGUCUUACAUGGAUGGACCACCGAAAAAGCAGCAGACAUAACCUGCAUCCAUAUAUACUAUAUAUACUUUAUGCUUAAUGAUGAACAAAAGCCUCCUCCUGAACAGGCAAAAACAACUCCUCCAGCGAGAGUCUCUUCUUAAUCAGCCCUCAUACAAAUACAACACCAACGCCUCCAGCGUCUUCCCAUUCAUCUACCCCAUACGGCCAGCCAUCUUCCCCAAAGACCUCUUUGGUUUCCUCCAAUUCAUCUGGUAUCCACGGUAGCAUUACCUGAAUC